AGAGAUUUUAAUGAACGCUGUGCCCAGUGUUCAGAAGUGAACUGGGGUCUCACUGAUGGAGGCAGAUUUUAUUGCAGAUCUUGCCACAAUGUUACUGAGAGAACUAGAGAAGUUGUAAACACUGAUUUUAUUUCUAAUACAAGAGUCCAGACAAUCUCCAAACAUUUACAAAAGCAAGAAAAAACUGACAGAGACUGUGAAUGGUAUGUUUGUGAAGGCUUUCAGUUUAUACUCAAGAAACAAGCUGAAGCUUUAGAAGCGUUAGGAGUAUGUCCACAAAUGAAGGAUGAAAUUCUGUGCAAUUUUUGGAGGCAUUACCUUCAGAAGAGCAAACAAGCAUAUUGCAACAGACCAGCUGGGGAAGCUGUCAGAGCAUUAUCAGUAUGUGAUAGCAGUACUGAUGUGGACAGUGAACCAGAGAGACGUAGCCUUCUUCAAUUCUUGUCUCUCUCUGAAAGUGAGGGGGAUCUACAGACUGAUUGCAGCUUUGCCUCAUCAACUAGCAAGGUCUCAGGAGGCACCUCUGUGCACUCUGGAUCGGUAGAUGGUAGCUUGUAUUUAAUGAAGAACCAAAAGGAGAAACUGAGGAUGACAAUGCCAAUGACCCUUUCGUUUUGUUACAUGGCAUUACUCUGGAUGAGAGAACCAAUGACAUUAUCUGAUCUCUUAAG